AUGGCGGCCGCUGCGGCUGCGGCUAGAGGCCGGCCGCGCUCAUGGCCCGCCGCCGCCCCCGCCGCCGCCGCCGCCGCCGCGCCCCUCUCCGGGGCCGGGGGAGGAGCCAGACCGGGCCGGCGGGAGAGCGAGGCGGCCGGAAAGGAGGCACGAGAGGCCCCGGCGGCGGCGGCAGCGCUCUCUGCCGGCCCGGGGGGCCCGCAGGCCCAGCGCCGCGCAGGCCGGGCUGCCGCCUUGACCAUGGCCACGGUCUCGACUCCGGCCUGCCUAAAGUCACCGGCGAGCGCCGGAGGGAGCGGAACCGAGGCACUGCCGUCCGGGGCGGGCUCUAUAGAGCCUCCGGGGACUGCGCGGUGCCGCGGGCAGGCUGGUGGUGGAGGCGGGCAUCGCUUUUUAAGCGCCCGUUUUAAGGAGGGGGGGAGUUCGGCCACAAAAGACAGCCCCCUCUCCCGGGGUUUUCCCCAGAAAGCAGCUGUUACAUAA